AUGUCUACCACUGUGCCAGCUCUCGAUCCUGUUCCAAUGCCAUCACCACAAGAGCAAAGGCUCUGGAGUCGAUGGCGAUCUGCACACAUGCAGGCAUGCCUCUAUGAGGCCUAUAAAGAUCUAUGGUUCGCCUUGCUUAAUCCACCCACCCUCAACAUCAACCAAGAGGCGAACGCGGAAUACCACCGGAUAUCUCGAUACAACGACAGGGUAACGCGAUUCCUCGAGCACAUCAACAGAAUCUACGGCCAUACACUGCGACAUCUCGUUUCAGAGAUGCCAAUGGGAUCUCUUUCCGACACUCCCGGUAAGAGUUUGUAUCGCAGUCAUGAGGGCCAUGGCAUCGUUGGUUGGGUCUUCGGCUGUAAUCCGAUGACAGGCGGAGAUACUGGCCGUGACGCCCCGGCCAACUAUGCACUGCUGAAUAGCUGCUUGCGACGUAUUCCCAAACAUUUGAUGCGCCUGGUGGUGCUCGGGUUUGGCCUGUAUGACCCAGAGCACUUCAGCCCUCAGUGGAACAAGUACCCCAGACUGUUCCCAGGUGAAGUGAUCGAAGUGGGCGUCGAGCCCGGCGCAGAACUACACGAACUCGCGUUCGUAGACUCUGCGCGCGCACUCUCGUACAUCCUGCCUUGCCUCAGCUUCGUCACGCCACCACCACAUAUAUCUCUCAUCGUCUUAGACAACGACAGGUCCUUCUUGACAAAUGAGUUUGCUAAACUCUUCACUUGGAUCACCGACCCAGAUAGCAUGUUGCUGCACCACGAUCGUGGUAUGCAGCGGAAGAUCUGGAGACAGGGCGAAGUACACGUCACGUCGAAAGACGAACCCCAUAUCUGUACGAUGUCGUUCAUCCUUGAACUGCAUGCCUCCAGAGGCAAGACUGGAUCUGACUCGUGGGCGAGGAUCAAGUUCGUGACCCACUUUCAGGGGCUGGAUCGUCACAGAUUGGCCAAGUUUGUAGACGCGUUCGACUCAUUCCUUCCAUCUCUGCGCACAGAUAGCCAACGUAUUGAGCACGGCGGUCAGUGA